AUGACCCACCCUGACUCCGACACCCCCUUGUCCGCUGCAGACGGCUCUCGGGGAGGCAAGGUCAAAGGGGUGAUGACCCUGGGCCCCUCGUUUUACCGUCCCCGUGACUCAACAACAGAUCUCAGCCAGUGGUAUUCUCUGAAGCCUUACAGAACAACCAAACCGCCAGCGCAGGCCUCGCCUCCCCCCUCCACCGUCCUGUCCCAGCUCCAAUGUGAGGAGAGCCAGGAGCUGGGCCCCCCUCCCUCUGUGGACGAGGCAGCCAACACCCUGAUGACGCGCCUGGGCUUCCUACUGGGAGACAAGAUGAACGAGGGACAGCCGGGCUCACAGUACGACAUGGACGACCACGACAGCCAGGGCAUGAUGUCAGUGACCCAGCGGAUCAGCCCCUGCUCCAGCCUGGCCAGCAGCACAGCCUCCCCCCCUGCAGGCAGCCCCUGCUCCACGCUGCCCCCCGGAGGGGCCUCCGGGAACCACGCCUCCGGAGACUGCGCCUAUGGUUCCAUCACCAGCCCCACCUCCACCCUGGAGAGCAGGGACAGCGGCAUCAUCGCCACRCUGACCAGCUACUCUGAGAAUGCUGACCGGGGUGGGGGGAAGCACGGGGACGGCUCGCGGGGUAGCCUGAAGCUGUGGCAGACCCAGAAGUGUUCGGGCACAGACUCGUUCCUGUACCGCGUGGAUGAGAACAUGGCUGCCUCCACCUACAGCCUGAACAAGAUCCCAGAGAGGAGCCUGGAGACGGCCCACUCCUCCCAUUCUGCCCACUCCAUCCCCCUCUACCUCAUGCCCCGGCCCAACUCUGUGGCAG